AUGGGACUGAGGUCGUGUGGUACUUUGUCUUUUUUGUUUGCCCUGCUCCUGCACGCCUUCCACACCAAGUUUGAGGUUCAAGCGGGAAUAAGUUCUGCAGCGGGGGGGAGGUUUUACCAGCUGGAGUCCUCGAAUGUCUCGUUCCAAGUUUUGGACGAUAACUCCGAGCAAAAGUGGGGUGAAAAAACACGAUUCGAUGCACUGAAAACCGAACGAAACAGGGGAAACGUAUUUUCGGAGACGAAACAUGUUCGUAAAAGGAGCGUCCAAGUUGGUUCCAGCUACAGAACUGAAUACCGACGCGCGAACGAGGAAGUCAAAGGUUCCUACCCGAGGCAAAGUGAUCCGCACCUGGACACAUCCACCUUUGCUCUGUCGGGAGAUUCUGCACACAACCAGGCGAUGGUACACUGGUCCGGACAUAACAGCAGUGUGAUCCUCAUCCUGACCAAGCUGUACGACUUCAACCUGGGCGCUGUUACCGAGAGCUCUCUGUGGAGGUCAAGUGACUAUGGAAGCACCUACACUAAACUCAAUGACAAAGUGGGCUCGAGGACCGUGCUGAGCUACCUUUAUGUCUGCCCCACCAACAAACGGAAGAUAAUGAUGCUGAGCGACCCUGAGGUGGAGAGCGCCGUUCUGAUCAGCUCGGACGAGGGGGCGAGCUUCGAGAAGCAUCCCAUUAGCUUCAAUGUUCUCAGCCUUCUCUUCCACCCGGCGCACGAGAACUGGAUCCUGGCCUACAGCCACGACAGCAAGCUCUACAGCUCCAUGGACUUUGGAAAGAAGUGGCAGCUCGUGCACGACAACGUGAUGCUUGGAAGGUUCUACUGGGCCGUAAUGGGGCUGGACAGAGAGUCAGACGUGGUCCACAUCGAAACGCGGGUCGCCAAAGGCCGUGCUCAGUACGUGAAGUGCCGAGCCCAGCGGUGCACGGAAGCCAACCGUCAGUACCUCUUCCCAGGAUACGUGGACACCAACUCGUUGGUUGUGCAGGAUGAAUACGUUUUCACUCAGGUAACCAAGUCAGGACGAGCCAGCUACUUUGCGUCCUACAUGAGAGAACCAUUCAAACGAAUGCAGUUACCCAGAUAUUGUCUGCCCAAGGACAUGCAUAUCAUCAGCACAGAUGAGAAGCAGGUGUUUGCAGCGGUUCAGGAGUGGAACCAGAACCACACGUACAGCCUGUACAUCUCAGACUCGCCCGGUGUCUACUUUACCCUCUCGCUGGAAGAUUUGAGGACCACCAGGGGACCCACUGGGAACCUGCUGGUCGACUUUUACAAGGUGGAAGGGAUAAACGGCAUGUAUCUAGCCAACAAGUUGGUGGAUCACCGCGUCAAGACGUUCAUCACGUACAACAAGGGACAAACAUGGGCCCUGCUGCCGGCACCCGCCACUGACGUGGCCGGGAAUAACAUCCACUGCGUGAUGCCUUUUUGUUCACUGCAUCUUCAUCUGGAGAUGUCUGAAAAUCCUUACACCUCUGGACCCAUCACCAGCAAAAAAACAGUACCAGGGAUCAUCGUGGCAACAGGGAAUAUUGGAACGGAAUUGUCCUCUGCCAACCUUGGCAUGUUCAUAACGUCGGAUGCAGGAAAUAGCUGGCGACAGAUUUUUGACGAAGAACACAACAUUUGGUUCUUGGACAAUGGAGGAGCUUUGCUGGCCGUUCUGCAUGCGCCCACGCCAAUUCGACACUUGUGGAUCAGUCUGGACGAAGGCAAGAAGUGGGACCGUCACACUUUCUCCCUGGCGCCUCUCUACGUGGACGGAGUCCUGAUGGAGUCUGAAUCGGACAAUCACAUUAUCACCUUCUUUGGACACUUCAGCCAUCGCUCCGAGUGGCAGCUGAUGAAGAUUGACUACAAGGGCCUAUUCACUCAGAGAUGCAUGGAUGGAGACUAUCAGACAUGGUCCCUGCACAACAAGGGUGAACUGUGCGUGAUGGGUGAGAAGCAAAUUUUUAUGAAACGCCGCCCUGGAAACCGUUGCAUGCUGUCCCAGGACUAUUCUAGGAUCUAUUCUUCUGAGCCUUGCCAGUGCACUGCCUACGACUUUGAAUGCGACUACGGCUGGGAACGCCGCACCGAUGGGAAGUGUUCCCCCGCUUUUUGGUUCGAUCCAAACGCCGUGGCCAAAAGUUGUAGCGCGGGACAGAGCUUCCUCAACAGCACUGGUUAUCGCAAGGUACUGUCCAAUAACUGCAAAGAAGUUGGGAGGAACGUGUAUUCACCAAAACGCCUGGGCUGUCGGCCCCGACCGCCCCGAGGCCUCCGUUUGAGCACCGGCAGCGGUGAGCUGAGCGCCCACGUCGGAAGCAACGUGUCGUUUGUGGUGCACCUCCAGGACGGAGACGCACUGAGGACCAGCGUCCAGCUCGACUUCGGCGACGGCAUCCGGAUCACGUACGCCAACCUGAGCCGGGCCGACGAUGGCAUUCAGCACAUCUAUCGAGAGACGGGGAUUUACCGUGUGACAGCAGUGGCCGAGAACAACCAAGGAUCUGACAGCUGUGUGCUAUACCUGCACAUCACCAGUCCAGUGGAGCGAGUGUACCUUUCCGCUCCUCUGGUGGCCGUCAGGGGGAAAGAGAGCAACCUGACGGCGGUGGUUUGGCCCAAUCACAUCAGGACCCUUACAUUUUUCUGGUGGAUUGCCAACAGCUCCGAGCCCAUUAUAACAUUGGAUGGAAGUAUCUCGUUCACUUUUCAGAAGGAAGGAACAAAUAAGGUCACGGUCCAGGUGGCUUCUGGAAGCACAGUGAUGCAGGAUUCCAGGGAUAUAACAGUUAAAGAGUUUUUCAGGUCGCUGCAGCUGUCCUUUUCACCGACACUUGACGAGCACAAUCCCGACAUCCCCGAGUGGCGGGAGGACAUAGGCCGCGUGGUGCAGACGGCCCUGUCACAGGUUUCCGGUGUUGCUGCCAAUCAGCUGAUGGUGUCUUUGUACCCUGGCCUUCCAACCACAGCGGAGCUCUUCAUUCUGCCAAAUGUGCUCACACCAAAUGAGCACAAGAGGCAAACACAGGAAGAACUGCAGAUGAUAUCUGAUGUUUUCGUCAACCUCCUCAACCAAGGCCUGGUCAACUUUGAGCUAAAAGUUGACACUCGCAUCAGUGUCUUCAUCACUCAGCAAACUCUCGCACCACUGGUGGAUUCCAGUACCCUCUACAGUGGCUCGGCCAUGCUGGUGCUGAUCUCUGUCGUCUUUGUCGGCUUAGCGGCAUUUUUCAUCUACAAGUUCAAAAGGAAAAUCCCUUGGAUCCACGUGGAGACCGAGGACAGUCGUGAAAAGGAACCCGAAGUGAUCAGCACGGUCAGUCAGAACGACAACAUGUCUAAAGUCAACCUCGCUGACUUUCCGUCGGGGAAGGAAUUCCUGGAAAAGGAGCUGGAGUCCAGGAAAAGAGGAUCAAUGGGGAGGAAUAUGGAGCGAAUUGUAACAAGGGAGUAUCCAAACUGUACAAACGUCUAA